CGCUAGAGAAGAACCGCUGCAUUUUUAACCCUAAAAAAUACAGCACCGAGUGUUUAGUACAGUCAAAGUGACGCCGCCGCGACAAAUAGAAUCAAAAAAAUAUUAAAAGCGGAGGACGAUUGUUGUGCCCUGGUGACCAAAAGAGCGAUUCGUGUGCGUGUGGCCAAGCUGUAGCUCUAGAUCCGGAAUAGAAAUAAAGUGAGCCCCCCGCGAGCAGCCGCAGUGCAAAAGACUGCAGUUUUGUAAUCGCCGAUUGAAAUUAAAAGCAAGCGGCUUGCAGUUGCGCGUGUUGCGCCCGCUAAAAAGGAAACGAUAACCACGGCGUGCUCAGCCUCAACCGCCAGCGAAAGGCCACGAGAUGAACAACCAACUGAACCCGGCCACCUACCGCAAGUUCAACAAUCUCCUGAGUAGCGGAGCGGUCACUGUGACCGGUCCCAGUCAGCCGCGAAUCCUCAAGACGACGCGUCUAGUGGUUCCCGGUGGCGGCGGCGGAGGAGGAGGUGCCUCCUCCGCCGGCGGAGUCUCAUCCGCCGCCCAACAGCAGCAGCAGGCGGUCAGCGGAGGAGAUGCGGAGGCUGGGAGCGUGGGAAUCGGCGGCCUGGCCACGCGUUGCUACAUCUGCGACGAUCGCUGCGAGCCGCAAACUUCGCUAACCGAGAUGUGCACCACCCACACGGCCACCAAGUUUCCCAACAAGCUGGCCCAGCUGGUGGGCGAGGGAUUCCUCGUAAUCGUCUGCGGCGAGGAUUACGUGUGCUCGCGCUGCACCAACCUCGUGAACUACUACGACCGCCUGGAGAACGAUGUGGAGCGGGUGAAGACGAACCUGAUCAGUCUGCUGAACAAGAAGUAUGCCAUUAACGAGGAUGCGGGCCUGGAGGGCGGCAGUCCGCCGCUCAAGAUGCAGAAGAUGGCCGCCGGAGCGGCCAAUCGCUCGCUGGAGGAGAGUCCCAGUGGGGAGCUGCGUCCGCGCAAGGUCCUGCAGGGCACACCAGUAGGCCAGACCAAGAUCGCCGCUGGAGCCGCACAGAGCAGCGUCCCGGGCACCCAGACGGUCCAGCGCAAGGCCACCAAGAUCUACAAGUGCACGUCGUGCGACUACAAGACCUCCGACAUGCGUCUGUUCAACACGCACUACGAGACCUGCAAGCAGCAGACCUUCCAGUGCAAGACCUGCCGCAAGAUCUUCCCGCACUUCGGGGCCAUGAAGCAGCACAUGGUGCGCGACCACAACACCGCCAUGGACAACACCUGUGCCAUGUGCCACAUUAAUUUCGUGAACGAGACGAGUCUGCGCAAGCACAUGGAGACGAAUCAUGCGACCAAUGUGCUGGUUACCAGCACCACAACCAUACCGGCAGCCGCUGCUCCGGUGGCUGCCGCUGCGGCCGCCGCUGCUGCCGCCGCCACCGAGAAUCUGAAUGUGGUGGGUGCCUCGCUGUACACAUGCAACCAUUGCCAGUUCAAGUCCACCGACAAGGGCGUCUUUGAUGAGCAUAUGCGCAAGCAUUCGGCCGGUAAACCCAAGCCCUUCAAGUGCCGCCUGUGCUCGCAGCGCUUCGAGACGCGCGAAGCGGCCACUGUGCACGCCAAGCAGCAUCAGACCAAUUUCUUCAAGUGCGGCACUUGCUCGAUGACCUUCCCCAAGCGGGAGCUGCUCGUCAAGCACUUUGAAGUGCACCAGAAUCCCAGCGCAGCGGCCGUCUCGCCCAAGCAGCCGGUUAGCCAGAAUCUAAACACCCAGAAGCUGCUCCAGGAGACCAUCGACGAGGCACUGAGCGAUAGUGUGCCUGCUUCGGCCAAUGCUGCUGUGGUGGCCGCCACCACCGAGGCGGAGAACAACAUACGCUUCUUCUCGUGCAGCAUUUGCUCGCUUACGUUCAUCCAGGAGACGUACUACAACCACCACAUGGAGACCCACAGGCGCGACAAGAAGGGAGCCUCCGCCGGGGCCACGGCCCUCAAUUCGGCGGCCACCGCGCUGCUGAGCGAUGAGCCGGGAGAGGCCUCUGGAAAAACUGGCGACGAGGGCGGCGAGCAGAAUGCCGAGGCCGACAUCGAGAGCCUCUUCGAGAAGCUGCACUCCGACAAGAACGAGAGCGGCGAGGCUAGCAAGCCGGGCAGCAAAGGCGGCGAGAUGGUGAUCACCUCGCAGGAGGGCAGCGGAGGCAUCACCUUCAACAUAACCAUCCCGCAACCGGACGGCGAUCAGUCGCAAAAGGAUUCGCCCAAUGCCACAGCUCCCGUCUCCGUUAGCAUCGAUAUGCCUAACCUCGAUCAGGCCGAGGACGAGUCCCAGUCGCAGGGCAGCGUUGAAGUCAAAGGAGAAAGCGGCGAGGCCUCCGCAGACAGCAAGUCCAAUGCCGCUCCCGUUUCCAUGCCCAGUUUGGAUGAUGACAAUGAAGCUGCCGCUGCCGAGGCAGCUGAGGCUGCAGAGGAAACCAAGGCGACUGGUAAGGCAGCUCAAGAGAAAACCAAGGCAAAGGCCGGGGAAAGCGGCAAGGCGAAGGAGGAGCCAGAGGAGCCGAAGCCCUCGGACGAAGGAGAAGCCGUGGCGAAGCGCGAGGCCACCGAUACGCCCACAACCGAGUCGGAGGCUGCUGCCGCUAGCGCAGAAGGCGCUGAAUCUGGCGAAGGCGAGGUCACCGCCGGCACAGGAGCCGAGGGUGAAGCUGGCGAGGCUGCCGGUGGCGAGCACGUGGCCAUGGAGCUGGACGAAGCCAUGCAGGCGCAGGUCGAUGGCGGCCAGAUAAAGUUCAUUGUCAACGAGAACGGCCAUCUCCUGCAGCUGGACAACCACAUCCUCACCGACGCCGAGGGCAACCAGAUAAUUGUUCAGGAUCCCGAGCAGAUCCAGCAGCUGCUGCAGAGCGUGGGCGUCCUGCAGUCGGGCGAUGGGCUCGAGGGCGAAACCCUGCAGAUGAUGACCGACGGCAGUGGCCAAAUGGUGCUCGUCCAUGGCGACAACAAUGAGCAGCAGCUAAUCGAUGCCUCGCUCCUCAACUCCGAGGGUCAGUUGAUUAUCCAGCAGGGCCAGGAUGGUGAGGAGGGCGCCCAUGUCAUCAGCGAGGAUGGCACACGCAUCCCUGUGUCCGUUUCGUACACGGAAGAUGGCCAGCCCAUCGUCCAGGUGCAGCAGCAGGUCUUGGAGGCCGCUCAGCAGGCGGCGGCGGCGGCCAACGCCUCCGGCAGUACCGAUGACAAGGAGGCCGCUGCCGCCUCCGCAGGCGAGGGGGUGCAAGUUUCGGAGGCAUCCAGCGCCACGGCAUCCACCACCAACGUCGUGGCCACCAGCACGGCCAGCAGCAGUGGCGGCGCCUCGGGCGGCAGCUUCUUUGCCCUCGAAGAGUUCACGGAGACGAAGGCCGACUAGGAUUGGCCCUAGGGGCGGGGCCGUGACCACUACACCAUACUGGCAUGCGAAGAGGACUGGUUUUAGCUGUGGGCGCGCUCAAGAUCUCUGGAGGACUUUUGCAACCAACACACCAACCGGACACACACCCAAAACCGAAAACAAACCUUACAGAUUACAGACAACACUGAACACAUGAACUGUUCAAUAUAUAUUUACAUCUAGUAUAUGUAUUAAACACUCCAGUAAACUAAACUAACGAUUUCUUAUUCACGAGCCAGAAGAUAAACGUAAUUCAAUCAAUCAAAUUGUUCAUUCGGUCCGUUUCGCACUCGGCUGCCAGAGAUCUCAACCCGGAUCGCUCUGGCCGCCUCAAAAAACUAAAAAAUCGUGUCUAGGUUUAGUUAUAGUAUAGACAAAACAGCAAAAUGAAUGCGACAACAAAAAUUCUGUAAGCAUAGAGUUUAUGUGCGAUACUUGGAAUAUGUUUAAAAUAUGUAUUUACACGCCAACACAAAAAUUACACUAAAUAAAAUCGAUUUAAACACAAAAUGGGAUGGAAAUUAA